AUGAGAGUGGAUGAGUUAAUUAGGUCCCUCCAAACAUUUGAGAUGGGAAUAUGUGAGGGAGCUGAAAAGAAGGCCAAGAGCAUAGCUUUUAUGUCAAACACCGAAGAGGAAGAUGAGGUAGGUGAUCACAACAUUGAUGGAGACCUGGCAAAUGAGAUAGCAAUGUUGGGAAGACAGUUCAACAGACUAAUAAAAAAGGAAACUCUCAAGUACGGUUCUAAGGGAAGGAUUUUACUCACCUAUUCCGACCGCGGAGAACAGGCCAUUCGACAGGGAGAUUCUGAAAUUGCAGAAUCUUGGUUUGAUCAAGCUGCUGAAUAUUGGAAACAAGCUAUAGCCCUUACCCCUGGUAAUUAUAUUGAGGCACAAAAUUGGUUGAAGAUCACAAGGCGUUUUGAAUAA